GGAACGCAGAGAGGGAGGCAGGAGCCCUUGUUCCUCAGCUUCUGACCUGGCGUCUCGGAGCUCCACCUCUGCUGAGGCAGGAAAAUCUCACUGAGGAUUUUCUGUGAGGACCUUCAGACUGAACACAGCCCUCGGGCCGUUCUCCUUUCACACUCACUUUAGUGGAAUAUUCCCUCCAACGACUCUGGACCCUUUCCACCUACUGAGGUUCUUCCUGCUGAAGAGGAAAAAUCCAACAGUGGGAGUAAUAUGAGGAAACCUUUGAAGGGGCUGGAUCCUGGAGUCAGAUUGCAGGGCUUCCAUAGUGUUUAGACUGGGGAGCAGCAUGCACACCAACCGGUAGACCAAUACGGCCUGUGAGACCCCUGCACCUGCAGUCACCAGCACUACCAAGCCAGCUUUGGUGGGGGGAGCGAACCAGACAGUUCACCCAGCUCCACGCACCAUGGAUUUCAUACUACCCACAAGAAGUCAGGCCAGGAUGGAUUCCGCUCCUCUCCUGGGCCCUCACAGCAGCAGCAGCAGCAGCAGCACCGGGCACCUCUACCACGGCGUCAGGCGAAAGCUGCGGCCCGGACGCAUUCUGGGCUUCAUGCUCAGCCUCGUGAUGGUGUGCGCGGCCUGUUCAUGGUGUGCCUUGUCACUGGCCACGGCGGUGGCAUCUGAGCUGGAUUCCACGGCCGAGGGCUCCGCAGACGCUGCAGUGCCCCACAGAACUCUGCUGCAACACAACAACCACUCAGCUGCACCAGAAGACACACCGGUCGCCAUGCCCUCAUCAGACAUCGAGAUGAACCACGGAGACUACCCAACGGACUACUUCAGUGUGGAGGAGAGGCGUCAGGGCUAUGUGAUCCUGCACAUGUUUGGCAUGUUGUACAUGUUCAUAGCCUUGGCCAUUGUCUGCGAUGAGUUUUUCGUCCCUGCGCUCACCGUCAUCACAGAAAAGUUGGUGAUUUCUGAUGAUGUGGCUGGAGCCACAUUCAUGGCAGCAGGCGGCUCGGCCCCGGAGCUCUUCACCUCUGUCAUAGGGGUCUUCGUCUCCCACAGUAACGUGGGCAUUGGGACAAUCGUGGGCUCCGCUGUCUUCAACAUCCUGUUUGUGAUUGGGAUGUGCGCCCUGUUCUCCAAAGAGGUGCUGAACCUCACCUGGUGGCCUCUGUUCAGAGACGUCUCCUUCUAUAUCAUUGGCCUGCUCAUGCUCAUCUAUUUCUUCCUGGAUAAUCAAAUCACAGUGAAUGAAAGUAUCGGCCUACUGUCGUGCUACACCUGCUACGUGACGUUCAUGAAGUUCAAUGCCAAAGUAGAAUUAUUCAUCAAGAACACGCUGGGCAGCAACCAGGUGGACGAACUGGAGUCUGCAUCAAAGGUAAAUACACCUGUAAAUGAUGAGAACAAGCUGAUGGCGAAGCCCAGGCUGCAGAGAGAGGGCAGCUGUGCUUCUCUACACAAUUCACUGAUGAGAAACAGCAUCUUCCAGCUCAUGAUACACACGCUUGACCCCCUUAGUGACGAAGGACGCUUCAAGGAAAAGGCCUCAAUCCUUCACAAAAUGGCAAAGCAUAAGUGUAAGGACGAGGGCAUCAGUGCCAACGGUGUAGCUGAUAGAAAAAUCCACAACAGCUCCAAAGUGGCAGUAGAAGUCACGCCACCCAUGAACGGGGUGGCAGGAGGAGAGCAGGGCGAGGAGGAGGAGGAAGAUGAAGACCAGCCUCUGAGCCUGGCCUGGCCAGACACCCCCAGGAAGCAGAUCACCUACCUCGUAAUCCUGCCCAUUGUCCUUCCACUGUGGUUCACACUGCCUGACGUCAGGAGAGAGACGUCAGCGAAGUUCUUCCCCAUCACAUUCCUUGGCUCCAUCUGUUGGAUUGCUUUUUUCUCAUACCUCAUGGUGUGGUGGGCUCACCAGGUUGGAGAAACCUUCUGGGUCACAGAGGAGAUCAUGGGACUCACAAUAUUAGCAGCUGGGACUUCCAUUCCUGACCUGAUCACCAGUGUGAUUGUAGCACGGAAAGGCCUGGGCGACAUGGCCGUGUCCAGCUCUGUGGGCUCCAACAUCUUUGACAUCACUGUGGGUCUGCCGUUCCCAUGGCUCCUCUACCACAUCAUCAACGACUUGAAGCCAGUCGAGGUCAGCAGCAACGGCCUGUUCUGCGCCAUCGUCCUCCUCUUCCUCAUGCUCCUCUUUGUCAUCCUCUCCAUUGCGGCUUGUAAGUGGAAAAUGAGCAAGUUCCUGGGAUUCUUCAUGUUCCUGCUCUACUUCGUCUUCCUCAUUGUCAGCGUCAUGCUCGAGGACAAGAUCAUCACCUGCCCAGUCACCGUGUGAGCGCGAGUCCAAGCACAGCUCUCGCUCACUGUCAGAAGGAGCCCGACGUGCUCUGGUGCGCCACAAUUUACCGCAAUGGCACAGACCUUAUCUUGUAUCUGUCUAACACAUACACACAGUAGACGACAAUCACGUUUAGCAUCAACCCGCACCUGCACACACACAGGAAGUAACACGUACAUGUACAACAGGCAGCGGUGCAGACUUGUGCAUCGCAGCCUUCCAGCAGUGGCCCCAAAGGAGGAACACGAUGCUCUCGCUUGGUACCACGUGACUACGGCCACGGAUGGCUGAAGUGUGCUGAAAGGAAAGGAGGAACAGUUUUCAUGAACGCAAACUGGGAUGGACAUUUUAAUAUACAGUAAGAUCAUCAGAAUGGUUUUGUAUCUCCAGCCGAAGGACUGUGUGGCUCCCGGUUUAAGCCAAGUGUAGGCAAACCAGACUGAACAAUGGGGCUCAAAGAGACUUUAUUUUUGUUUAUAAGGCCAGUGACGCUCUGGAGAGAUCAUCUACGUCAUGAGGAAACACAAACUGAAAGGGCAGGUGUGGUAUCUGUUUAACUAGACCUUUAGAGUUUUACUGUGUCCAUUCCACCACCUGUACGGCUCUGCAGUGUCACCCAAAGAAGAAAACACAUGAAAUUUUUAUUGAACUAUUGGUUUAUAUCCAAUUAAUACAGUCUGUAUCUACACUAGCACAUAUUCAAAUAACAUCCAGUGCUAAAUACUUACAAUAGAGCAUACACAGAUACUUUAGCAGGGACCAAGACUUAUUCUCCAUAGUUCUGCUUACCGGUGUUUUGUUUGGUUUUCGCAUUAUAACCUUGUGAGUGUAAAAUUAUCUGUUCCUUUUUUUCUGCCUUUUCAUUUCGUCACUUUAGAGAGAGAUUAUACCAGAAAUAUGACUACAUCUGGACGAAACACGCUAGCUAUAAGCCCCAUAUGCAUAAUAUUAGGAACAUUUGGAGACAGUGAUGCUGGCUGAAAUAAGUAUGGACAAGUGGUGGACAAAAGACACUCGUGCAGUCUGUUGAAUUUUACUUCAUAAACCUUUUUUUUGAAUCAUGUAUUUCUAAAACAAGAUACUGGCAUUCUUCUGUAUGGUUUUAAUGACAAAAAACACCAUGUACUGUAUAACAUACACACACACCUAGAUACAAAUACGUUAUUGAGUUGAUGUAUGAUAUUGUGGUGAAAUCAUACACAGAAAACCAUAUUUUUAUUGUGAAAUGUAGACUGGACCGUAGGAGACAUUCAAUUUAUGUGUGAGUAUUUUUGCCACAGAACCUUUCUUCCAGCUCACUCUCUCUGUUAGCGGUACAGUUGUGAGUCAGCUGAAGGAACAGAGACGUCACUCCACGCCCAAACAAUUAUUAAUGACCAGAUGGAAGAUGUUUUAGCAACUCAAAGAGCUGGUUUCCUUUUUUUAAUAUCUAAUUUCUUAUUUUGUUUUUACAAACAAGGUGAAACUUCUUAUUGUAAUUGGGAAAAUAUUAGGUGUUAAAGCAGUUGUAUUCCUUUUAAACUCACACAUGUUGAACAGUUCAUCAUUUACAUGAUUAAACUUUUAACAACCGUUUUUCAUUUGUUUUCAUUAAUUGCAACUUAUUUUUUAACGUGAUAAUAAAUGGCCCACAAAUUGGCUUCCUGCUGUUUCCAAUCUUCCAAUGUAAAAUUUCUGUUUUAUUGUGUUUUUUGUGUAUACAAGACCAAUUUGUAAAACUGUACAUAAGAUCCUGUAUGCAACGGUACUGUAUUCAGGCCAGUUUCUAACUUCAGAACCCUCCUCAGGUUUAGCCUACUUAUGCAGUAUAAUUUGCAAAUGCUUCCUAAUUAAUGGACCACCUGAAUGUGAGCAACGUGUGCAUGAAUGAAUGCAGUUAGAAAUAUAAGAAUUCAUCCUUGACCAAUUUCAGUACCACACCAAAUGGCAAAAUGCUUUUUGUAUUUCCCUUGUAUGGAAUCAUAUUCAUGUACUACUUGAAUUGCAUAUUAUACUGUAAAAACAUAUAUCAUUCAACUCUGUAUAAGGUGUUAUAUGAUCCAAUAAAUGAAAACAAAUUGUA